GAACACCCCUCAUUCCCCGUGGCCGCACUCUUACGCAACGCGACACCAGAACGUGUAGCCCUUAUCAACGAUAUCCAUCCCAACGUCUGGAUCCUGGAAGGCUCGCUCGACGAUGGCCCAAUCAUCCAGCACGAGGAGGAACGUGCAGAUGUCAUCAUCAAUUCCGCGAGCUCAGACCACUGGCAUAUUAUCAGAUCGACGCUGGCCGGGCUGGUGAGGUACUCUGCCCGCAAGCCUGGGAGACCGCUCUUGUACAUCCUUGUAGGCUACGGCGUCAUUGUCGACGAAGCACGCGGGCAGGCCGUCGACUCGGUCAAGGAGUGGGUCAGAUAUUGGCCUGGACUUGAAGAGUACGCCAGCGGGACACUUGUGUCUGUCUGUUGCACGUUCUCGUCCUCCUACGAACGCGCAUCUGGAGUCAGAUAUCUCAUAAGACAUGAGUUCAAUUCGCAUAUAGCGGAGGCAGGACCUCGGGAGGACGACCCUGUCCGCAUGUUAAUCAAAUAUCCCGCCAAGAUCUAUGGAGUGGGCGAAGGUGGGCGGUGUGGCAUCUUGAAUUCUACUCUGAAGCUGACGGCGGACGUCGGCUUCGCCGGCACCUGGGGCCCCGGAGCCAACUUGUCGAACAACAUACACGUCAAAAAUGUCGUCUCUGCGAUGUUGAGCGUGUUCGAAGCCGCUCUUGAACCCAGCGCCAAU